AUGGAAGAAGAUCCCGGGAUAUGUAAUGGCAACUAUGUCAUGAUCAAGUCCGACAAGCCCAAGGAACACAAACAGCACGUCCAGCGCAGUCCCAUCAAAACCGCAGACUCGGCUCUGUCUCGGGCGCUGCACAAACAGCCGUUCUCGCCCCCGCAGGAACCCCAACAGCCGCUGCCCACACAACAGACCGCAUUAGCAGACACAACGUCGCCCUCGGUGUCGCCUCCGUCGCUGCCCCAGAGCUACUUAGAGCCCGCCUCGCAUGCCACCGCCGCCACGUCGGUCUCCUCGUCCGUCGAACGCAAGGCCCGCUUCAAGCACCACAAGAAGCCCACCGUGUCGGACUCGCCCCGACUGGUCGAGCUGUGCGAGGAGUACAUUUCCAACAAGAACAUUGAUGCUCUCGCCAAGAUCGCCCGGCAACGUGGUCUGCCUCCACACCUGAGACAGAAGGCCUGGCCCAUGCUGCUGGCCGAGCAUCCCUACGUGAUAGAACCCAAUGUGGGACUGCCCGAACCUCGACGACGAACCAACGGAGGGUCCAAGAGCUCUUCCUCGUCCUCCGAGCAAUGCAAGUCAGAAACAGAGAUUCCCAUCCGACGGCUCAAGGGCGACCUGUCGCGUCUGCAGCGAAAGCUCAAGUCCCAGAAGAUGAACAAGCUGGAACUGCAGUACAAACAGCUGCAGAGCAACCCCAGCAGCCAUGUAUCGACUACUCUGUCGGCCCGAAGCACUCCGUUGUCCAUCUCGCCCGUGUCUGCAGCCUCGGAGGGCUCUCUCACCAUGGACCACCUCAACCAGGUGGUUGUGAGUGAGUCACACGACGCUCAGCGGUUCGACAUCUACGAGGACGCCAUCGAGUCUUUCCUCACCAAGUACCACGUAAAAUACGAGUCUGGUCUGGUGUGGGUGGCAGCAGCCGUGGCCGAGUGCGUGGACCCUCUAGAGUGCGACAACUGGAUCCAAGUCUACGAAAACUUCCUCCUUGUGCUCCUUCACACUCCUCAGCGGGACAUUGGCAUCAACGAGAUUGAGGACCGUUUCAGUGGCAAGAACUAUUACAGUGAUGGGGUCACCAGUGAACCUUUCUGUGAGACACCCGCCACCUCGAAUGAGAACCCUGUCACCAACGGUGCUGCAGCAGCAGCUCAGGCAGCAGCAGCAGAGGCAGAGGGCCAGCGGCCCAAGACUGCUCCCGCUUCUACCUCUCCCUCCACACCUUCUUCCCAGAAAAUUGCAUCUCACGUUCUCACCGACUCCAUCUCGCUGUUCUUGUCCGGUUUCCGACGUGGGCUUCCCGAGCUGUCGGCACACUUUGACGAGGAAGACGUGCUUGCAUCGAUCGGAGGAGGCGACGAGUGGCUCAUCUGGUGGAUCAAAUGGAUGGGAGCCAAGACAUGGAACUCGUCUGACCGGGCUCGAGUGUGGGACAUGUACCUGGGCUGGAAGCGAGUCAGCGACAGCCAGUGUCAGAAGAACAUUGCCGAGGAGGCUGCUGCGGCUGCUGCCAACGGCGUUUCUGCACCCGCAAGUCCCUCUUCCGACGCCUCGGAGUCUGACAUUGGCAUGGACCCCUUCUGGUCCCCCAUGAAGCUGGACCGAGUGCAAGAGCCCAACUUGCCCCCCAGAAUCCAGCAUCUGUUCAUCUGCCUGGCCAUGAUCAAGGCCAAGAAGAACACGCUACUGGAGCUGGAGCAGAGCGAGAUUCGAGAGUAUCUCAGCCGGCUGGGCAAGAGCAAGGAUAUCGAGGGCAUUGUCUUGGAGGCCGGCGAAAUCUGGAGAAGUUGGCAGUGGAGUGAGCUGGAAAGCGAGGAAUAG